AUGGUGGAUGAAGCCAUGGAUCUCUUUAUAGAGAUGAAGAGCAAAAAUUUGACUCCCAAUAUUGUCACCUAUAGCUCUCUUGUUGAUGGUUUGUGCAAAUCCGGUAAAAUGUCCUAUGUGCAGGAUAUUAUUUAUGAGAUGUAUGAUAGAGGUCAGUCCCCAAAUAUAAUAUUUUAUAGUAUCUUGUUAGAUGGAUUGUGCAAAAGUGGUCAUCUUGAUCAGGCUAUUACAUUAUUUCAGCGAAUUGUUGAUCAUGAAAUUCAGCCUGAUACAUGCGCAUAUACUGUACUCAUUAAUGCUUUGUGCAACGCUGGUAGAUUAAAUGAUGCGCGACAGAUUUUUCAAUAUCUUUUGGUCAAUGGCUAUCCUUUGGAUGUCCGAGCAUAUACUGCAAUGAUGAAUGGACUCUGUAAAGAGGGCUUGUUUGAUGAGGUUAAGACCUUGGCUUCUACAAUGAAGGAGAAUGGAUGCUCACCUAAUGCUGUAACCUUUGAUAUAAUUAUUAGACCUCUUUUGGAAAGAGGUGACAAUGAUAAGGCAAAGGAUCUACUAGAUGAGAUUUUCACAAGAGGUUAA